UGCUAAGCACACGUUUAUUUUCACAACCCCUGUAACCCGCUCAACAACCCUGACAGGUUGAACUUAACAGUGCCCGUGAGGUGGAACCCCAGGCCCAGGGCUUCUCCCAGCUGCCAGGGGACCCUGGGGCAGGUCGGCCCUCCUCUGCGCCAGCGCUUCCGUCUGGCUGCCGUGCCCCCAGGGGUCACCUGACUGCAGGAAGCAGUGUGAGCCCGACUACUACCUGAACAGGGACGGCCGCUGCACGGCCUGUGUGAGCUGUGCUCGAGACGACCUUGUGGAGAAGAUGCCGUGCUCAGGGAACUCCUCCCGCGUCUGUGAGUGCCGCACUGGCACGUUCUGUGCCACAUCAGCCACUAACUCCUGUGCCCGCUGCAUCCCCCACACCGUCUGCCCGAAAGGGAUGAUUGUCAAGGUCCAGGGCACAGCACAGAUGGAUACUGUGUGUGAGCGGCCUUCCCCGGUGACCAGCCCUGACCUCGGCACGGGCCCAGAAGACUGCCAGGCACCCACCAGCGACACCAGCGCCCAGGCCGGGCCCCUGGUGACCUCCUCAGUGAGCUCCGGUGCCAGGACCACGCUCCUUGGAGGGGGCACUGCCAUCACCCCCGAAGAUGAUUCCAAAAAGACGGGGGCCCCCGGCUCUCCGUCCUCUGUGAGGAAGCCCAGUCCAGAUCCAGGGCUGCCGUGCCCCCAGGGGUCGCCUGACUGCAGGAAGCAGUGUGAGCCCGACUACUACCUGGACAGGGAUGGCCGCUGCACGGCCUGUGUGAGCUGUGCUCGAGACGACCUUGUGGAGAAGAUGCCGUGCUCAGGGAACUCCUCCCGCGUCUGUGAGUGCCGCACUGGCACGUUCUGUGCCACAUCAGCCACCAACUCCUGUGCCCGCUGCAUCCCCCACACCGUCUGCCCGAAAGGGAUGAUUGUCAAGUUCCAGGGCACAGCACAGAUGGAUACUGUGUGUGAGCGGCCUUCCCCGGUGACCAGCCCUGACCUCGGCACGGGCCCAGAAGACUGCCAGGCACCCACCAGCGACACCAGCGCCCAGGCCGGGCCCCUGGUGACCUCCUCAGUGAGCUCCGGUGCCAGGACCACGCUCCUUGGAGGGGGCACUGCCAUCACCCCCGAAGAUGAUUCCAAAAAGACGGGGGCCCCCGGCUCUCCGUCCUCUGUGAGGAAGCCCAGUCCAGAUCCAGGGCUGACCCCGCAGCCGCCGUGUCCCCAGGGGUCACCUGACUGUAGGAAGCAGUGUGAGCCCGACUACUACCUGGACAGGGACGGCCACUGCACGGCCUGUGUGAGCUGUGGUCGAGAUGACCUGGUGGAGAAGACACCCUGUACCUGGAACUCCUCUCGUGUCUGCGAAUGUCGACCUGGCAUGUUCUGUGUCACACCAGUCACCAACUCCUGUGCCCACUGUGUCACCCGCCCCGUCUGUCCACCAGGCAUGGCCACCAAACCCCAGGGUACAGCUGAGAGGGAUGCCACCCAUGAGCCUCCGCCUCCCCUAGAAGCCCACCCCGAGUGCAGCACCAACCCAGAGGACAGCAAGGCGCCCACCAGCGCCAUGGCCUCUCCGGUCUCCGCAGAAGACCCCCAAGGCAGUAAGGAGCAUGGAGGGGGCAACACCCACACCUGGGGAGACACCUUCACAUCAACGAGCUCCCCUAUCUCUUUCUCCUCCACGGGAAAGCCCAUUCUGGUUUCAGGACCUGUGCUCUUCUGGAUGGUCAUGAUCCUGGUGGUGGUCUUGGUCUCCAUCUCCUUCCUCCUGUGCCACUGGAGGGCCUGCAGGAAGUGGAUUCGGCAGAAGCUCCACCUGUGCUACCCUGCCCAGACCUUCCGGCCCACGCUGGAGCCUGUGGAUUCCAGGCCCAGGAGGAACCGGACCCAGUUGAGGAGUUGCAUAUCGGUGGCCAAGCCGGGCACAGAGGAGCUGGGAUUAAUGGGCCCCCCGGCCGUGGAGACCUGCCCCAACGGGGAAGCCUGCCUGCGGAGCAUGCGGCUGCUGGAUGCCAGCCCGGCCGGGAGCCCCCCGUCCCCCAGGGACCUUCCUGAGCCCCGGGUGACCUCAGAGCAUACCAACAACAGGAUCGAGAAAAUCUACAUCAUGAAGGCUGACACAGUGAUUGUGGGGACCGUGAGGACCGAGGUGCCUGAGGGCCGGGGCCUGGCGGGGCCGACGGGGCCUGAAUUGGAGGAGGAUCUGGAAGGGGACCACGCGUACCCCCACUUCCCGGAGCAGGAGACAGAGCCACCUCUGGGCAGCUGCGGGGACGUCAUGUUCUCAGUAGAAGAGGAAGGAAAGGAGGCCCCCUUGCCCAUGACUGUCUCUGAGAAAUGAGGCCUGGUCUGGGUUGGGGCUGAGAGGGCAGCUGGGUGGCCCCGGAGAGGCCAGGGUGGCACUAGUGGCACCAGGCUGGCAGCAGAGGCCUGUGUGGCCCGAACUGAGGUUCCGGCAUCCGGUGGAAGACCAGCCUGGGCAGGGGGCUUCUGGUGGUUUCCAGUUGCGCCCUGCCCAGCUGUCCCCCCAGCCCAGACCCCGGGGGAGCCCGGCUCGUGCCGUGGAGACAACCCAGGGGCUGGAUCCGCACGGCAGUGUUGGAGCAGCAGGCAGACAGCAGGGACUGGGCGCCCCGUCUCCCACCACUGCCAGGAAGACGCCCUCGGAGCCCGGAGCAUCAGACGCACGCCGCCAGGGCCGGAGCUCACUGGCAGCAGAGAUUGUGAGGCACAGACCCCUCGGCCUGCUUCUCUCGCCCGGGGCCUCGGGAGCAGUGCCCCCCUGACCUUGCUGCCAUGCCGGCAGCCCCCAGUUACUGUGGUGUGGCCCCCAUGGGCACCGAGCCAGCGCCUGUGGUGGUUUCUCCUGAGUCAGUGGGGAAGCCAAGGGACGAGGCAUCAUCCCCCAUCUUGGCAGCGGCUGCCACGCUGUGCUCUGUGCCAAGGUGUGUGCCCAGCCUGGCCUCCUGCCCUGCUAGGGCUGAGCGAGACCCUCCUGGUGCCUCCAGCCCCUCCCUAUGCUGCAGCCCCCACGGUGGGCUGAGGGCCUGGGGUCAACUGUCUCAAAAUGUCCCCACCAGUUCUCCCAGUGGGAAGCAUCUUGGGACCCAGAUGUCUGUAGAUGCUCCAGUUGCGGGGUCCUGCUCCAGCCGGAGACCCCGCCCACCCGGCUGCCCUCCUGGAGAAUGGCCUGCUGAAGGGGAGCCGUGGGCCCUUCCUGGAUCCUUGCUGCUGUGUCCUGGGAAAUGAAGAUGCACCUUCCCCAGCUCUGCCACGCUUAUAGAUCCCGGCGGCCCCCCGCCCUACCCUCGGGCUCCCCUGCUCAGCACCCACGGUGGGGAUAUGGAUGUCAAAAAGUAACGCGGUUUCGCCCAGGCAUUCAAAUGCCUUCUUCUGGAUUCUUGGAAAAGCAAGUAGUUCAGUCCAGAUUUCAGGAUCUUUGCAAUUCACGAGAAGGAGAAGCUGCCCUAACUUGGGUCCGCUGGCCUGCUCUCCCCGGGGCUUUCAGACUCCUAUAAACACACGAGGGGCCUUGGAGAGGGGCCUGUGGGCAGAGGACAGGUGGGCCGCAGCCCAGGGCAUGGAGUCUCAGCCACCUAGAGGCUCCUGGAAUUACCCCCUGCAGGAGGCCAGGCCCGGGAAUCUGCUGUUUACCCACCAGCCUGCUCACUGUCAGGAGGAAGUCGAGGCUGGGUCAGGAAUCACAAGGGUAGUUUCUGAAACUGCUCAGAUGUUUUUGGGAAAGUUGGAGAGGCUAGGACGCUGACAGACAUAUCAGAAGCUGGAGAAGUUUACAUGAAAUUUUAGAGACAGCACCGGCACUGUGCCCUGAGCUUUGGCUCUCAGGGGCCCCGAGGACACCCCACCCCGCCCAGCAGGCCACCCAGCAGGGUUCUGGCAGUCUUGACUUGAAGAUACUGACGCACGUCUAAUGAAACGGAGCAUUCCCUUGCCCAAAGGCCCCUCACAAAACUUUCGAUCCUCCAAAACUUUUGAUCCUCAGAAAAUUAGUAAGGUCCCUUAAAAAAACUAAUCGUAAGGCUCAGGAAACUAUCUUUGGAUUAAGAGUAUUUGAGAACCCCUGAGCAGGAAGGGUCUGGGCAGUCUCUCUCCCCACAGGACAGGGAGGUCCCUCUACACCCAUCCACCCGGGCAACCAGCCUCUGGUGACAGGGAGCCCACUAUCUGCUGAGGCAGCCCUUCCUCUGCGUACCGCCUACUCCCUGGUCCCAGACCUGUCCUCCGAGGGUAUGCAGAAUAAAGCCUCUCUUGUCAUAAGGCU